AUGAGCGCGCGCGAGGAGGGCGACGCGGCCGCGGCCGAGGCGGAGAAGAUCGCGGCGGACGCGGCGCGGCGGCGCAAGAAGAAGGGCGGCUGCUGCGGCGGCGGCGCCGACGACGUCGUCGCGCGGAAGAAGUUCGCCAAGCCCGGCGACCUGCCCGGCGCGUCGCGCGGCGGCGGCGGCGACGACGGCGGCGGCGACGACGAGCGGGUCUUCGGCGCCGAGGACGACGCGGUGCUCAAGGACCCGAGCGGGGGCGCGUCCUACAAGAUCAAGAAGGUCAUCGGCGAGGGCGGCUUCUCGCGCGUGCUCCUCGUCGAGGCCCUGGGCGGCCACGCGAAGGCCGGCCUCUUCGCGGCGAAGAUCAUCCCGAAGUCCCACCUCAAGCUCGCGGGCGACUCGUUCAUCAAGGCGACGAUGCUCGAGCGCGACCUGCUCGCGGGCAUCGCCCACCCCUUCGUCCUCGGCCUCUACCACUCCUUCCAGGAGAAGGACCGCCUCGUCAUGGUCGUCGACUUCUGCCAGGGCGGCUCCGUGCACUACCACGUGAACAUCGCCGUCAAGGCCACGGGCCGGGGCCUCGACGAGAAGCGGAGCAAGUUCUACGUCGCGGAGAUCGCCCUGGGCCUGAGCCAGCUCCACCUCUUCGGCAUCGUCCACCGCGACCUCAAGCUCGAGAACGUGCUCGUGAAGCGGUCCGGCCACAUCGCGAUCUGCGACUUCGGCACCUCGAAAACGCUCAAGCGCACGGCGACCGACGGCGCGCCGGACCGGAGCAGCAUGGGCGACGACACGCCGGGCCGCCGCGACGCCGGCCGCCAGCCCUUCACGCGGUCGAUCAUCGGCACGCCCGCGUACAUGGCGCCCGAGAUGCUCCUCGAGCAGCCCUACAACUACAGCGUCGACUGGUGGGCGCUGGGCGUCGCCUUCUUCACCAUGCUCCGGGCCAAGCUCCCCUUCGACGGCGGCCGCAACCACGAGGAGGAGAAGAUGCUCUGGCGCAUCGUCAAGAGCCGGCCGCGCUACGACGCGUCGUGGUCCCCCGACACGCGCGCGGCGCUCCAGUACCUGCUCCAGAAGCUGCCCAAGACGCGCGUGACGUCCCUGGACCAGCUCAAGCAGCUCGACCUCUACGCGGGCUUCGACUGGGCCGCCGUCGAGACCGAGCGCGCGCGGCCGCCGUUCGUGCCGGCGCUCAAGUCCAAGGACGACAUGGCCUACGUCCCCGUCAAGUACGCCAACGCGCCCCUCCCGAGCCGCGCCGACACGCCCUACAAAAAGGGCGACUCCAUGCGCAAGCUCUUCCGCGACUUCUCCCACCGCGGCGCGUUCGCCAAGGCCCCCUCCGCGCCCUUCUAG